AUGUUUGGUUCACCUCAAAGCUCGUGUUUCAUUUUAUCAAAGCUCUUCGAUAAUUUAAAUAGCAUUGGGCUGUUCUAUCUUAUUUCAGCCGUGAAGGCGCUCCGUGAAUUGCUUCUAUCAUGCGGCUUUCGGGAGCUGCGUGAAGAUGAGCCCUGGCGACUGGCUCCAGGUGAUCGAGCUUUCCUGACCAAAAAUUUCUCGACUCUUUAUGCUAUCGGCGUAGGCGGUGCUCAUCGGCCGGGCAAUGGAUUUACUCUGUUUGCCGCACAUACAGACAGCCCUAGUCUACGUGUGAAGCCACGCUCGGAUCGUCAGAAGGAGGGCUAUCAGCAGCUGGGCGUCGAGACGUACGGAGGUGGCCUCUGGUACACUUGGCUUGACCGAGACCUCACGCUGGCCGGCCGCGUCAUUGUAGGCCCACGACCCGCCGCCCCAGCCUCAGCUACUUGCCCCAGUACCGUGUCAGAGGCCACGACAUCGACGGCUUCGGCUUGUUCGGGCCAAUUGCGUCACUGCUUAGUUAACUUGGUUCGCCCAAUAGCCUGUGUACCUAGCUUGGCUAUUCACCUAAACCGAGAGAUCAAUUCCAAAGGCUUCUUGCCUAAUCCUGAACAACAUUUGGCUCCGAUCAUUUGUACAAGUUUCAUGGAUCAGGUGAAUGAGCGUUUUAAAGCAGAAAACAGUUUUUAUAUCUGA